AUGGAGACAACAACCACCAAACAACAACAACAGCCAACAAUGUCUUUGUUAUGGCUGCAACAAAACAACACCGACACCGAAACAUUGAUAAGAACGCAAACAAUGCUCGCUGUUGCGCCGUAUGAUUACAUCAAGUCAUGCAAAAUUGCUGCCAAAGAUUUCGUCAAUUGUUCCACCGAAAGUAUACAGAAGCUGUUCGAUAAAUUGAAUGAUGGUAUACCCGGUCUGGAUAGCAUUAAAAGUUUCGAUCCUUUCCUGCUCAAUCGCAUAAAAAUUACCCAGGGCAACAGUAAUGCCAUUAAUCUGAAGGUGGAACUGGCAAAUGUGCAAAUUAUUGGUUUUGGCCAUACCUAUGUGCUGGAGAGCAUAGUCUAUCCCAAGGAUUAUAGCUGGAAGACGACCUUUGUGUUGCCAGUCAUGAAACUCAAGGGUGAUUAUAGCCUUUUUGGGCGCAUCCUUUUGAUUCCGCUGAAUGGCCUAGGGGAGGUGUUCCUGGAUGCCGACAACAUGACCGUUGUUAUGCGCACCAAGACCAAACUAUACUCCAAGGGGGGCUUUACAUUCUACAAUGUUACCAAUACCGAUGUUGAUUUUAAAUUGGAAGGCUUGAAAUCGUAUUUUUCCAAUCUCUUCAAUGGACAAAAGCAAUUGGAGGACAGUACGAAUAAAUUUUUCAACGACAAUUGGCGCAUGUUGACCGAUGCCCUCUACACGGUCAUCACCCAGACAAUUGAGGACAUCCUACUCGAUGUUCUCAGGAAAAUCUUCCAUUUUAUACCGGCGAAUUUCUUUGUCGAAGACAUACCCACACCCGAACAAUUGUACGGCAGCAAACAGAAGGCGACAAAGAAAAUUUAA